GCAAUAAUUCAUCAGUGCCGUUGAGCAAUGCAACAAGUCCUACCUCAAGUAAUGGAAUAAAUCAGCUUUUGUCACCAAAUACAACCAGCAACUCUACAAGCCCAGUUGUGUCAAAAUUUACCUCAAAACCAACUACUCAUGCCUCAACAACUUCAACAACAUGGCCUGGAGUUAAAAGUAGUGUUAAGUCUGGAUUGAGUUCUGCAACUCUUGCAUCACCCACAAAGAAUGCUAGUGUUCAGCCAGUUGUUAUGGACAAAAAUGAUGAUGAAGAUGGAGUUCCCUAUUGGGUCUACAUUCUCAUAGCUUUUGGAGUGAUCUUUGUCAUCACUGUUGUUGUGUUUGUCAUUUAUGCACGGCUGGAAAGGUGGAAAACCCAGGGUUCAUACAUGGUUUGGGAUGACAAUGAACUAGAGUUGAGCCCUGCUUUCACAAGAGAGUCAGAAUUCCUCCUUGAUAGCUUGGCAACUAAUCAAGAACCAGGGACUCCUGAACUUCAGAUCUAUGAAAUUCCUUUGGACUCACUGGGCCACCAACGAGUAUACAUAGGAACAAAACGAAUUGCACCCAAAUCCGAUGAGCACAAGGAAGCUGUGAGGUUUACCAAAACCAAGAAGUCAAGAAAGAAGGAUGCAGGGUUUCAAGGAAACACUUUACCAAGGGCAGGGAGAAGGGAUCAUAUUUACAGCUCGGUAAAUGAUGAAGUCAGCAGUGCCUUUAGUGAAGGAGACCUUUUCGAGGGCAGAAAUGUUAAUGGGCGUACCACACCUUCUGUUAUAUUAUCCAGCCAAACCUUUGGUAAAAACAGCUCACCGAAAUCCAUGUUCAAUGGCCGAUCUCCCUCUCCAGGGGAGUUAGAUCUGAAGAUAAGAUCGUUCACACUUGGUUCACGAACAAAGAGUGUCUCCAACAUAUUUCAGAAUAGGCCAUUACCACCUGCUCCUAGUAAACGCUUCUCAAAGAGCCUUGAUCGAUUGCGCUUUUUUGAAAUCACGCAAAACAGGGGAAAAAGCGGAACGUACCCAUCCCAUCAGAAGUCACCCCCAAUGCUGGCCCACCCAAUGUUAGUAAAAUCGUCCAGUUUCGGAGGCACGUACAACAAAAUAAUCAGUGGAUCACAGGCGUUGCCACCUGUGCCACCACCACCAAGAAAGGGCUCGAUGGGUUGCAUCGACAAAUUGGCAGCAUAUGAUGUGAGUGAUGCCAAGAAAACUAACCUUUGCCACAGACACUCCAAGUCUUUAGACACUCUUUUACUGUUGAGAGAAAUCAACUGGACCGCCUUUGAUGUGGACAUUUACCACCCCUAUGAAAGUGUGUCUGGUAACCAGGUGGGUGAAAACAACAACAUUGUGGAACCUUCCUAUGCAAGUGUUAGCAGUGAUGAAAAGGCGUCCAGCGGUGAGAGCAGUGGAAGAGCAAGUUCUCAAAGCAAGGCGAGCACUCGGUCUGCAAGUCCGAUAGAUAGUGACACGCCAGAAGAUAAGGUUGACGAAGAUCACCCGUACGCAAGUGUCACCGAGGAUAACGAAAGGCCAAAGACGGGAAGCUUAAAUGGGUGGGACCAGCGAUAUUCAAACCGUGAAAGUGAUGGAAGGGAUAGUGGAGUCUCUUCCGCCAUGCUUGAACCUGACAGUGAUCCUGCUUCUCCAUAUGCAUCGGUAAGAAUUAGUCAGAUUCCAGGAUUAGUGACGUCACCGUGCCGCUCGUCACUGGGUGAAGAUAGCAACUAUGGAGAGGUCUUUGAAAAGGAGGAUUCUGGGUCAAGUAUUGGUACUUGCAAGGAUCUUAAAGAAUGUGUUGAUUCUAAACGAUUUAGUACUCAUACUUACUUGGAGCUCAUUCCGGACAGUGGCAGAAAUAGUGUAGUAUCGGAAACUAGCUCAGGCUAUGCACGACCAAUAGAUGUUAUUUCAAGUAAACCAGACAUGUCCGAUAGUCAGGGAUUGGAUAACAAGAAUCGUCAGAGUUUAUCUGAUCUUGAGAUCCCCAAUGAGAGAUCUGGCACACUGGAAAGUACUUGCAGUGGUCGUGAUACUCUUCCCUGCCCCUUCAACAACAAGGGGAUUACGUUGUUGGUGGAAGACAAUUUGGAGAAUCGUGGACGCCGGGACCAAACGGAUGAAUUGGGUGUUGGUUCAUAUGAGAAAGAUUCGUCCAAGGAACCUCAGGCAAGUGACGUAGCUGAUGAUACUAAAGGAGAUCCUGAGCAUAAAGGUGAACACGUUUAUGAGGACGCAGACUACAUUCAAACUUUAAGAAAUCAAGAGAGAAACAAGCGUUCAGACUCAACGAACAACGACACUGUUGUUAACAUUCAAGGAGUUAGCUUGCGAGGAACUUGUCAUAAUGAUGAGUUUGUCGUGUAAGAUCCUUUCUUUCCGUGACAGUUUGAGCAUUUAACAUUACACAAUGUUGAUAGUUAAACUCAAUAGCUUUAAAAAGUCGGUGUGUAAUAGAAAUUCAAAACAGUUUUUAAACUGCAACACGCAGAAACUUGCAGUUUUAAAGUACUUGUUUAGGAAUGAAAACUGUGGUAAUAUAAACGCAAAACAUUAUUGCGAUGUGUAGGCUGAAUAUCUGUACAGUAAACGCAAGGAAAGGAAGUGCUUCACUAAAUCAACCUGAUUGUGAAAAUUUAAACUUGUUUGAUAAGAAGAUAAUAUGCGGCUGGUUCGUAUGUAGGUAGGAUAUUCACCGUUGAGCUGGCCUCAUAGCUGAAUGUGGAUCCUGUGGAGUGUUUACUAGCGUACAUUUUGUUACAGCGAUUGGGAUUACAGAAGUACUUUUUGGCUGCGUAGGAAACGGGGUUAGGGGGCAGGCCUCCUCCUCCGGUAUCAACAUUAAAUACCUAGCGUAUUCUGAGCGUGUGAGUACGCACCAAAUACACUGCUGAUGUUACUGAGUUGGAAUGAUUUGAAUUCGGUAUACAGACAAGUACAUGUCAGUCUUGAUAUUAUCACUUGUUCGUAGUCAUUUGCACACAUUCGAUAUCGUAUAAGAAUCGAUUGCAAGUCAGUUUUGGCUUUUACGGGAUCUGAAUUUUAUUUGUUACACAAAUUUAAUAUACGAGUGCAAAUAUUAUGUGGUAUUUUGUUAGCCUCCAUGAGGCGAUAGGGACAGUAGACGUUAGUAGCUUUAUUAAAAACGCACCCAAAUGGCUAAAAGUAGUUUCUGCUUUGAAAUUGAAUGAACUUGAGUUCUUGUAGUUCAAGUUUAGGUAAGCGGACCAUGUCAAAUUAAAAAGAAUGAAUAAAGCCCCUAAGUAAGCAGGAAGAGUGGACAUUGAA